AUGAGGACUUCCCUGCAGGCAGUGGCUCUCUGGGGAAAGAAGGCCCCUCCCCACAGCAUCACUGCCAUCAUGAUCACUGAUGACCAGCAAACAAUUGUCACUGGAAGUCAAGAGGGUCAGCUCUGUCUCUGGAAUCUUUCACCUGAUCUAAAGAUUUCAGCUAAAGAACUCCUAUUUGGUCAUUCAGCUUCAGUAACAUGUUUGGCAAGAGCGAGGGACUUCUCUAAACAGCCCUAUGUUGUUAGUGCUGCUGAAAAUGGGGAGAUGUGUAUUUGGAAUGUCACCAAUGGACAGUGUGUGGAGAAGGCCUCACUUCCUUACAGGCACACUGCCAUCUGUUACUACCACUGCUCAUUCCGGAUGACAGGAGAAGGCUGGCUUUUGUGUUGUGGAGAAUACCGAGAUGUUCUUAUCAUUGAUGCCAAAACAUUGGCUGUUAUCCACACUUUUACAUCAUCACAGUCUCCUGACUGGAUAAGCUGCAUGUGCUUUGUUCACUCCAUGAGAAUUCAAGAAGAUUCUCUGUUAGUAGUAUCAGUAACUGGUGAGCUCAAAGUAUGGGAUCUUUCCUCAUCUAUCAAUAGCAUUCAGGAAAAACGAGAUGUCUAUGAAAAAGAAUCCAAAUUUCUUGACUCCUUGAACUGCCAGACAAUUCGAUUUUGCACAUACACAGAGAGACUUCUGUUGGUGGUGUUUUCUAAGUGUUGGAAGGUUUAUGAUUAUUGUGAUUUUUCCCUUCUGUGGACUGAAGUUAGUAGAAAUGGACAGUUCUUUGCUGGCGGAGAGGUGCUUGCUGCUCACAGAGUACUCAUCUGGACAGAAGAUGGUCACAGUUAUAUCUAUCAGCUGCUGAACAGGUGGGCUCAGAUGGGAGCAGCAUACAAAACAUUCAGUGGGCUUUCAAAGAGCAUAUACCCUGCUGAUGGAAAAGUCCUUAAAGAGACCAUUUAUCCUCAUUUACUGUGCUCCACUUCUGUGGAGGAAAACAAGAGCCUCCCCUUUGUGAUGGGCUACAUGAAUGAAAGGAAAGAGCCUUUUUAUAAGGUACUUUUCUCUGGAGAAGUCUCGGGAAGAAUUACUUUGUGGCACAUCCCAGAUGUUCCUGUAUCCAAGUUUGAUGGUUCUCCUAGAGAGAUACCUAUAACUACCACCUGGACCCUUCAAGAUAAUUUUGAUAAGCAUCAGACUGUGUCACAAAAUGUUGUUGACCGUUUCUCUGGGUUAAGAGAUGAGACAGGAAGUUGGGCAGUCGCUUCAUCCACGUACGUUCCCAGUCUGGAUAAGCUGAUAUGUGGCCUUGAGGACGGGACGAUUCUCAUCGCCCAGGCUUUGAGUGCUGCCAAAUUUGGACUUCUAGAAGGCUGUUCUUUAUUAAGAGAUUCUUCAUCUAAUAGGAUUCUUAAAGGCCAUGACCAAAGGGUUACUUCAUUGCUUUACCCACAUGGCCUCUCUUCCAAGUUAGACCAAUGCUGGAUGGUGUCUGGGGACCAAGGUUCAUGUGUCAUCCUGUGGGAUAUCUUUACUGGAGAAAUUUUACAUAAAUUCUUUUUGGAAGCUGGUCCAGUAACAAGUCUUUUGAUGUCACCAGAGAACUUCAGACUAAGAGAUGGUCAGAUAAUCUGCUGUGUCUGUAGUGACCAUUCCGUGGCUCUCCUUCACCUAGAGGAGAGGAGGUGCCUCCUGCGUGCCAGGAAGCACCUUUUCCCUGUGAAGAUGAUAAGAUGGCAUCCGGUUGAGAACUUUUUAAUUGUUGGAUGUGCAGAUGACUCUGUCUACAUCUGGGAAAUUGAGACAGGUAAAUUGAAGUUUUAUCUUGUUUAUCCUUAUUUAUGA